AUGCUCUCGAAUUUGGGCGAAAACCCAUAUCCAAGUGAUUAUUACAGCGACAUUCGCACUAAUAUAAUGUCCAAGGCACUCAAAGCGGAACAGAACUGUGAGAAUGCCAUGGCUGAAAGGGAGGAACAGUUGAAUAAAACCAAUAUUCUGUCAGAUGAGCUGAACAUGGAGAAGGUCGAGCUGGCAAGGCGUCUGUUAAAAGAGGUGAUUUUUAAAUCAGAAAUCUUUAGUGCUUUGCUUCUUUCCCCUCGCUGGUCAAGAGUGGAGAAAUGUCAUCGAAUGCCAUUUAAUUUGCCAUUGAAUCUCUUCGAUCAAAUUACAGUAAACCGUAUGGAUCAUUUCGAGGAAAAUUUAUUCCUUCAGCGUGAUGUCGAUUUGAUCGAAGCAAUAUACAAUGGCAGGUUGCUACGGUUGUUGGGUUUGAUCAAGUGA